UGGGCUUUAGGAGCUAGAGCAACAUGGCUGCCCACCUGAGACUCCUAAACCAAUCUGCUUACAAUCCAAUCAGGCCUAUUCAGCAGGGCUUUCUCCAGAGAAACGUUCUAAAGAUUGCGCCACAUCCUUCCUCCACCUAUUUUCUUUUGAAAUGAAGGUUUAUUGAAACACCUCCUACAGAUUCGAGUCCUAGCUCAAUUUAGAUUGCAAUAAAAAGAAAAAAAACACAAGGCCAUGAUUGCAGUAAUAAAAUGUUGGUGGGCUAGCCAGUUGCAAUUGAUUCUUACAAAGACACAAGAAAUCCUAGCUGUAUAGAAUGUGUACAUAGUAUUUGAUAUCAGCGGAGAUGACAGACAAUUGACAUCUUAAGCUUGAGCGACAGACGCCGGGCGGCAAGUUGAGGCCGGGGUAGCUCUUCGGCUUUGGAAGCGAGGAUGGGGACUAUUGCCGGUCUUCCUCCCCGCUGGUCACACGCUUAGGAUGUGGGCGGAGCUGUGCGUGGAGAGCUGCGGCUCGGCUGAACGGAGCGCGCAGAGAUUCGCUGCCGCGGGGGGGGGGGGAAGGGAGGGGUGACGCGUUGCUGGGAGCGCGCAGAGCGUACGAGAGCGGAGGGCUGCGUCCGCCGGGGGGACCAUGCUGGUGCGGCGACAGCUGUCCUUGCGCUGCCCGCCGGCCGCCAGGAAGGGCGCGCUUUGGAUAGCGGGCUGAACUGCAGCGGUGGCGGCAGCCGGGGCCUUUGGCCGAUCCUUCUUCCGUAGCGGCGGUUCCGCGCAACCCACUCUGUGAGUCUGCUGCUGUUCCCGCUUCUCUUCGCCUCUCUCCGAGAGAGCAUGAAGGGCUCCCCCUUUGGCAACCGCGCCAAGAGCCUCCGCAGCGGCGGCCAGGCAUGCCGAAGCCUGGGCUGAAGACGCCCUUUCAGCAGCCCCCCUCCCCGGAGGGGCUGUAAUGGGGACAUGAGGCACUGACUGGAAACGCAAAACCUCAAAAGCUUACUCUGGACUUUUUACUGUUUAUUAUGGAGACCAAGGAAGACAAAAAAGAGCGAAGAGGCUAUUUUUACCGUCUGAGAAAGAAGAGAUCAGCAAAACAAAAUUCAGACACUGCAUCUGGUAAUGCUUGUGGAACCCUUGUGUGCAGAAUUCAGUCUGGAAAAGAUGACAGAAGUAAAGACAUUUUGGCACAAACAAAUGGUUCCCGAGAAAAUGGCAAAAUGUCUGGGGAAAAGGAAGACUGUGUCACUGAUGGAGAGAAAAAAAAGAAGAAAAAUAAUCAGCCAAAGGAUAUUAGGCGCACAGAUCUCAAGAGAUACUAUAGCAUUGAUGAAAAUCAAACCAAAACUAAUGAGAAGAAAGAAAAGAAAAUGGUCUCCCAGAAACCCCCUGGUACAAUAGAAUAUACGGCUGGAAGCCAAGACACCCUAAACAGCAUUGCCCUGAAGUUUAAUAUCACUCCAAAUAAACUUGUGGAACUAAAUAAGCUUUUCACGCACACAAUUGUUCCAGGCCAGGUUCUAUAUGUGCCAGAUACUGAUCCUGGUUCCUCUGCUGGAAAGCUAUCUUCAAGUCCUUGUGCUCAUGUUUCACCUUCAUCAUCAGAUGCAGAAUAUGAUAAACUUCUGGAUGCUGACCUGGCAAGAAGGGCUUGCAGACCGAUCCAAAGGGUCCUGUCUUCCACAUCAGAGGAAGAUGAGCCCACUGUUGUCAAAUUUUUAAAAAUGAAUUGUCGAUACUUCACAGAUGGCAAGGGCGUGGUUGGGGGUGUUAUGUUAGUCACUCCAAACAACAUCAUGUUUGACCCUCACAAGUCAGACCCUCUGGUAAUUGAGAAUGGCUGUGAAGAGUAUGGACUCCUUUGUCCCAUGGAGGAGAUUAUUUCAAUUGCUCUGUACAACGAUAUCUCACACAUGAAGAUUAAAGAUGCUCUGCCAUCCGACAUACCAAAGGAUCUUUGUCCUCUGUACAGGCCUGGUGAAUGGGAAGACCUUUCCUCUGAGAAGGACAUCAAUCCUUUCAGCAAAUUUAAAUCCUUGAACAAGGAGAAGAGGCAACCAAAAGUAAACAACUUUGUCAGCUUGAAUUCCAAACUGAUAAAGUCUCCAGACAAGGAGAAACCUACAGAUUUUGAAGUUCUUAAACCUUUUGAAAAGUCUUCCUUGGUGUCAUUAGAACCAUCAAGGGACUCCAUCACUGCUGAUCCUUCAAAAAAGAUACCUUUAGAGAAGUAUACUAAAGAAUGUUCUGGACAUAAGGUUAUUUUGGAGCUAGCCAAAGAUAAUUCACUUUUGGAAGAAGAUGGCUUUAUUGAACUUGAGGAGACUUCAUCUCGGAUUGAUGACAAAGGAGACAGUAGAGAUGCAGGCCCAAUAGAUGUUUUCACUGAUUGUAAACUGACGAGGGAAAUGCAGCUACAAGAAACAAAUAAAGGCAAUUGUGAGCAAUUUGAAUUAGAUUCAUCAGGAACAAAACAUGAGAUUGUCCCUAAAGAGGUCAUUGAUUUAGAGUCCUAUGAGAAGUUAGAUGUAGUGCCUGAAAUAAACAAGGGCAGCAGUUCACCAACAAAUAAACUAGAAACUACUUUGGAUGCGAACCAGGAGUUGAAUAAAGACAGGCUUAUUGAAUUUUACCUCAAUAAAGAUGAGUCGCAUCCUCCUGAUGAUUCAUGUAAGGCUAAAAUCAAGGAAGGAGGAAAUAAUAAACCAUUAGGUAUAGACCUUAUGCUUAGUUCUUCUCAUUCUGAAACCACUGAAGAUUUUAUAAGCAAAAAGUUAGGACCUGAUACAUGUUUUGUUGAAAGGAAAGAGCCAUUGCUAGAAGUUGGUUCGGCAGUGCCUGAGAAAAAGGAGCGUGAAGGAUCAAAAUCAUCUUCAUUGGCAUCUCAUCUGGAUGGAAAGCAUUGUCAAGAAAUUGAUAUAGAUAAUAAAUCUGAAAUCAGGCUGUGGCUACUGCAGAGAAUCCAAAUGCCAAUUGAAGAUAUGCUUCCUUCGAAAGAGGAGAAAAGCAAGAUCCCUCCAAUGUUCCUAUGCAUCAAAGUGGGCAAGCCUAUGAUGAAGUCAUUCACUUCUCAAAGUACCACUAUGGCCCAGCAAUAUGGCAAACGAAGAAAGCAACCAGAGUACUGGUUUGCUGUUCCUCGAGAGAGAGUAGAUCAUCUGUAUACAUUUUUUGUACAGUGGUCGCCAGAGGUGUAUGGAAAAGAUGCUAAGGAUCAGGGUUUUGUGGUAGUGGAAAAGGAGGAGCUUGAUAUGAUAGACAACUUCUUCAGUGAGCCCUCAACAAAAAGUUGGGAGAUUAUCACUGUAGAAGAAGCAAAACGCCGAAAGAGCAUUUGCAGCUAUUGUGAGGAAGAUGGUGAUGAGGAUGGUGACAAUAAUGAAGAUGAUGCUUUACCUGUCUUAAAAAACCAGAGUUCACUCCUAGAAAAUAUGCAUGUAGAGCAGCUUGCCCGGUGCUUGCCUGCAAGAGUUCAGGGAUACCCCUGGAGGCUUGUGUACAGCACACAGGAACAUGGAACUAGUCUGAAAACACUUUAUCGUAAAUCAGUAUCUCUUGAUAGUCCGGUCCUUCUUGUCAUCAAAGAUAUGGACAACCAGAUAUUUGGGGCAUAUGCAACACAUCCUUUCAGGUUUAGUGACCACUAUUAUGGAACUGGAGAAACAUUCCUGUACACAUUUAACCCUCUUUUCAAGGUUUUUAAAUGGAGUGGAGAUAACACUUAUUUUAUCAAUGGAGAUGUAACCUCAUUAGAACUUGGAGGGGGAGAUGGCAGGUUUGGUUUAUGGCUAGAUGCUGAUUUGUAUCAUGGUCGGAGCAACUCUUGUAGUACGUUCAAUAAUGACACCUUAUCCAAAAAAGAAGACUUUGUUGUCCAGGAUAUAGAAGUGUGGACAUUUGAGUGAUGUACUAAUUGCCUUAAACUGGACUCAAGUUUAUUGUACACAGUCUGAAUGUCAAAAAUUGGAAUGUAGGCUGCCUCACAAUGUUAUACACUUCACCCUCCCCUUAAAAUAGAUGACGUCCAACUACUUGAGGGUGUUUUUAAGGCAAAAAUGGAAUAGACUACAGCAACAAAAGAAUUAGCUAAAAUCUUAUUCCUUCUCUGCUGUUGCUCCUACAAUAAGGAUACAAGAUACUUAUAGAAGGCAUUUAUGACAUUCAAGUUUAAAACGGUCUCAUUUUUUCUGUGUGGAAAACAUUGACCUGUAUAGUACAUUCCAUGUGUAUUUUUAUUCCGAUAAAUGAAAACCAAAAAGAGGAAACAAUUCAUUAUCAAAUUCUAUGGCAUAAUGUGAUGUUUUCCAUGAUAAAGUAGUAGUCAUUUGAACUUAUAUAGCUGGCACUUAAAGGGAACCUUUUUUAAAGAUAUAUAUAUAUUUAUUAUUUGUAUAGUAUAAAUUUUCUGAAAUGCAGUAGGCACAUUUUUGUUUUAAUAUUUCAAGUCUCAGAAUAUGCUAGCCAGAUUAAUUGCAACAUAUGUCUUAAGUGGCAGUGACAAAUAGUUUUGAUUUUCUAGUUUUUAUAUUUUGCUCAUUUUUUAAUUUUGUAAAUGAAACAUUUUUGUUGCUUUGCCCUAAUUAUUUUAGGGAUUUAGAGAGGCAGAAACACUGAGUGCAUAAUUCUGGAUUGAGAGAGGAAUAUUGGUAGUACACCUCAUCAAAUAUACAUUUGGUUGUGUUGAUAUGAUCAUGUAUGGAGGUAGACUGUUUUCCUAGUUUAUCAAGAAAAGAACUAUGGACAGAGGUACUUCUCAGAAAUACAUUGUCAUGGGGCACAAAAGGAACAGGCCUCUAUGUAUUACUUGAAAUUUUGUUAACAACAACAAAAAAUGUUCUAAUACCAUGCCAAAGUAGCUUAGCUGCUUUUUUGAAUAAUGUUCUUUGCUGAAUAACAUUUUGUUUUCCAUUUAAAAAACCCUUGUCUUUUUAGUUAUUUUUUUUUAAAAAAAUGGCAUUUAUACUGUGUUCACACAUACUUGAAUACCGCAGUAUUGUAAUCAUUCACUUCUUGGGAAGGGUAAAUGAUUACAGUAGGGCAGUAUCCAAAUUGAUGUGGAUCCUACCUUGUGUGCAUUUGUUGAAAAACAACACACUGGACCUGAAUUCACUUUAUUGGAUGAUAUGAAAAGAAUUGUAGCUUUGCAUUAACUUUAAAAUGUAAAGGUUUGGGUUAUUUGUCUCUCAUAAAAAUAUUCCAGUUAUAAAAGUAAUUAAAAGUAAUCCCGUUAAUUUCCAAAAAGCAUAUACUACCUUGAAGUUUUACUUUAAAAAUGCAAAACAAGGGCCCAAACUAAGUCACCUUGAGAGAGAGCAUGAUUUAAAAAGUAUUUUGUUUCAAUACUCCAAAAGUACUACAUAUGUAACCCUUUAGGGUACUGUCACAUGAUACCUGUCCCAACUAAGGCUGCAGACUAGUAUAUAAAGAUGGUUCUCCCAGCAAGUCAUUCCCAUUCAGAACAGCAUUGCUUCUAGUUAAUGUAGAUUAAGCUAUGAUAACUAGAAUCCAUUUAAAAAAGCCAAAUUUGAGCAGCUGAGGAAUGGAUAUGUUUAUAUUGUCUCUCUGUGAGUUAUGCUGUGACCUGUGUAGCUGGGCCCAGUUUACAAAGAAUGUGAAAACUCAUUUAUUGUUCUUCCCUAUUUUUAAUCUGCAGAAAUAAGAAAAAUGGUAGCUUUUCUUUGAAAGCAUCUUUGGCUCUUUACGUACAAUGUUCUUUGUGCUGAUUGGCCUCUGCAUUAAGUACAACUUUCGAAGAUUUUUUUUCUACAUGAUUUCAUACAUGUUUAUUGCUUCCAUGUAGGAACUCCAUGUAAGCAAUCGCAUGGUAUGAACAUGCACAUUUAUUACUCUGUGUGCAUACAUGCCGUGAGAAGAUGCAGCAGUUGGGGCUUGCUCUAAAAUGUACAUAUUAAAAAAUAAAAAUGCAUGCAUCCAUCAUAUCUGAUGGCACAUGGCAAGGCAUACACAGUUCCCUGCAUCAAAGUAGUAUCCUUGUAGACAAUUUAUCAUGUGAGAAAUAUUAGGAUUUAACAUGUGGCAUCUCUGCCUCUAUACUUUAUUCCUCUGAGAAUUCUGACCAUUAAUACUACUUCUCUGACAGAUGGUCACUGUAAUGUAUGAGCUACUAUUGGUGUAAUAUUUGGAAGACAUACCAGGAGCCUCUUAAAAGAAUUUUGCGAAUGACAAGGCACUGGCUCACUGAAAGCAAAAGGUUUUUUUGAUACUGGACAUACUUCACUACUGUUACCUGCAGGUUAUUCCAUUAUAUACUUGUCAGAGCAUAUCUGAAAUUUUUGUGUUCUGUAUUCAAGCAGUGUUGUCCUACCAAAAUUAUGUGACCCUUCAAACAUAUGGAUAUUUAUUAUAUGUAAUGCAGUGCUAUUGCAAUAUUUUCAAUAAAGGGAUUUAUGCAUUCA